AUGACGGCAGCAAUCGAAUCGAAACAUAGCAGUGAGAAGUUGAUUCAAUUCUUCUUGGAGAAACAUAAUUGCAAAUUCAAUGACUUUGGCUGGGUGGUAGAAGAUGUCUAUCUCACCGUUAACCACAACAAUCUAGAGAUAUUGAAGCGUUUGCCAGCCGUUCUUUUUUCAUCGUUGGAUGUCUCUCGCAUAAAAUUCGACAACAUGGAAAUCGUUGGAUAUGUUCAGGAUAAGUGCAGCACGCCUUUCGCAAAGAAUGCAAAGCUCGAUAUCAUAAAGUAUCUACAGGAAAAGAACAAUACUCUUUUCAUAAAGCAAGAGGUAUUCACUCAAUUAGCAUUGAACGGACAGCUUGAUAUCAUAAAGUAUCUGAUUGGCAAACUACCGGGUUCUCGUAGUUAUCUCUAUAGGCAUGCAUUUCUAGGUGGUGAUCUGGAGACAUUCAAAUACAUUCAUUCAAAUCAGACCUAUAGUGGUGGAUCAACCUCACUCUUUCCUACAAGAGAUACCAAGUUUCCGGAAUCACUUGCGCUGAUAGAGUACGUACACCAAAAUCAUCCGUGGUUUGCACCGUCGUGGUAUAUGAUCUCUGCCUUUAUCUAUCAUGGCCAAUUGGAGCGAGUAAAGACAAUGCUAUCGGCUUAUAACGAUUCGGAAAUCAAGCUAUCCGAUUGUGUCAACAUUGCAAUGCGACGUGGACAUCUUUCGAUUCUGGAGCUUCUCUUUAAGAGCUAUCCAGAGAUACGUCCCACUGCAAAGGGUGUGGAGGAUGCAGCUGUUAACUUCCAAAAUGAAGCGAUCGUAUGGGUAUUCGAUAACUAUGGAGCCGAACGAAUUCAAGGAAAUAUCAGUUUACUACCGUUGAUCGUUGCUCGCAAUGAAGAGAUGAUUUACUAUCUAUUGCGAUCGACCCGUCAACAGGUGUCGUAUGCAGAUAUAUUGAUGGCUAUAAAACAAUCGGAUAACAAGCUAUUCAAUAAGAUAUCCCCACUGAGAAGCACUCAUUUUACAAGUACUUGGUUGAUUGCAAGCGCAGCCACAGGAAACUUAGAGAUAUUUCAGAGUGUCUACGAAUGUAUGUCGAAAUACGAUAAUUACUCGACAGAGAUGGUCGCUCAAAAGUUGAUCGAACACAACAAUCGAUCGAUGUUGAAAUCACUGAUUGACCUCGGUAUUUUGAAAUGGAGCUUCACAUUCUAUGUCUAUGCGUUGGAGCAUGAAUACGUCGACCAAAUACAAUGGAUAGCCGAACACUUUGGAAAAGAAACAUUGGAUGAUCAGAUCGUGCAAUUAAUCGAUACCAAACAACAAUUCUCGGAUUUAUUUUACUUUAAUUUAUUAAAGUUACAUCCAACAGUAUUCAGUAAAUUGGAUUUUACAAACCAAAUACAAAGAUCUAUCGUCAAAAAUAAUAUUCAAUUGUUUACACUGUUGUACAGCUACUACAAAGAAAAGAAUGCCAAACUAUCGAAUUACAGUAUAUUCGAGACUGCUAGAACAAAGCCAAUAUUUUUACAUUUCUUUAAAUAA